AUGGCGACCAUGGAGUACAAUGUGUUUGUUGGUUCGGAGACUGGUUUAUUAAAAGCUGCCAACUGUGCAGAAGAAAAGUGGAAUAAUCUAAACACAUUGGAAGAUGUGAAGAAAGACAAUGAGAUCUGUUGCAUGUGUUGGGGGAGCAGUCAACAAGAAAAGGUCUACUUUGCUCAACGAAAUCAGUUGAUUAAAGUCUACAACAUUUUAUCUGGAGAGAUAUGUGAAGAAAUAGAGCUAAAUGCUGGAGAAGGAAAGUUUAAAAAUAUAGCUGUGUUUGACCAGCAAAUACUCACUGCAUUGGAUUCUGGGAUUGUCAAUUUGUGGAACAACAAAGGAGAAAGUGAACUGGAAAUCAAAACUGGAGACAAAUUAUCUUGUAUGCGCCAAAAUUUCUUCAAACGUAAUCUGGUUGCUACAGGAGGCAAAGAGAAUCCACUCAAACUAUGGGAUAUCAACAAACCAACAGAACCAAUCUUCACUUCAAAGAAUGUACCACAUGAUUGGCUGAAUUUACGAGUCCCAAUCCAUGUGAUGAGUAUUGGUUUUAUUCCCAAAUCUGAAAAAAUUGUCACAGGUACUGGAUAUCAUCAGGUCCGAGUUUAUGAUCCAAGCACAUAUCAGCGAAGACCAGUUCUGAAUGUAACAUUUGAUGAGUACCCAAUCACAGCACUUACUGUUUGUCCAAAUGGGAACCAAGUUAUUGUUGGUAACACGCAAGGUAACAUGACCAAGAUAGAUCUUCGUAAAGGCAAUGUGGCAUGUCGGUAUAAAGGUUUUGCUGGUGGAAUUAAAGAUCUGCAGUGCCACCCAACACUUCCAUAUGUCGCAUCUUGCAGUUUGGAUAGAUUUUUACGCAUACAUCACAUGGACUUAAAGCACAUUAUGCACAAGUUUUACAUGAAGUCCAGACUGAACUGCUUACUCCUUUCCAAAAAAUGGCCAACAAUUGAUGACGAGGGAGGUUCACCAACUGAUGUAUCCAAAGAGAAAAUUGAUGACAUGAGUGAUGCAUUAUGGGACAAGUUGCCAGUGCUUGGCUCAAAGGAACAACUUCCUUCAGGCAAAAUGCAGAAAACAAAAAAACGGAAAUUAGCAACUAAAGAAUUACCAAAACAAAAGAUGAAAAAAUCUGUAUGUUAA